UACUCCGUAUCGCUUUGCCCAUCCCCAUCGACAAUCGUACGGUAGGUGGCUAGGAAGUGUGUGAUACAGCCACACCCGUGCCAUUAUAGAUUAUAGAAUUGUCGAGUUCUGCGGACGUCUAUCCGCUGUCCAUCGCGCCAAGUUUCGCGUAUCAUAGCGAGCGUCGUUAACAAUAUUUGCAACGACCGAGGGGCUGCCAAGUCGUCUUUCCAUUGGAGAACGCAGACCUCUGAAUCGCAGCCAUGGGAUCGCUGUUCCGCAGCGAGGAGAUGGCCCUGUGCCAGUUGUUUUUGCAGAGCGAAGCCGCGUAUGCCUGCGUAUCCGAACUCGGUGAAUUGGGACUGGUUCAGUUUAGGGACUUGAAUCCUGAUGUCAACGCUUUUCAACGGAAGUUUGUUAGUGAGGUACGCCGUUGCGACGAAAUGGAACGGAAACUACGCUACUUGGAAAAGGAGAUUAAAAAGGACGAAAUACCCAUGUUGGAUACUGGUGAAAAUCCUGAGGCUCCUCAGCCUCGUGAAAUGAUUGACCUUGAAGCUACAUUUGAAAAAUUAGAAAAUGAAUUGAGAGAAGUAAAYCAUAACGCUGAAGCCUUGAAACGCAAUUUUCUUGAGUUAACAGAGCUCAAACAUAUCUUACGAAAAACUCAAGUAUUCUUUGAUGAGACUGAACAGCAAAUGGGUACCGCGGUUGCUUCGCAGAUGGCUGACCCAAAUCGGGAGGACGAGCAAGUGACACUGCUAGGCGAAGAAGGACUUCGUGCCGGUGGUCAAGCCCUCAAACUAGGGUAUUCUGCUCGAUUGUUAAUCUGGGGUUCAAAAUUAUUGAAAAAAUCAGAGUCAAAAUUUGAACCAGAAAAGGUUGGGAACUACUAUUUUAGGUUUGUUGCUGGAGUCAUACUACGUGAAAGAAUUCCUGCAUUUGAGCGGAUGUUAUGGCGUGCAUGUCGUGGAAAUGUAUUUUUGAGACAAGCAGAAAUCGAAACUCCAUUGGAAGAUCCAUCAACCGGAGAUCAAGUUCACAAAUCAGUUUUCAUCAUAUUCUUCCAAGGAGAUCAAUUGAAGUCUCGAGUGCGUAAAAUAUGUGAAGGAUUCCGUGCUACAUUAUACCCAUGCCCUGAAGCUCCAUCUCAACGUCGUGAAAUGGCUAUGGGUGUUAUGACAAGAAUUGAAGAUUUAAAUACCGUAUUGGGUCAAACACAAGAUCAUCGUCACCGUGUGCUUGUUGCUGCAGCAAAAAAUAUAAAAAAUUGGUUUAUUAAAGUUGUUAAGAUCAAAGCAAUUUAUCAUACACUAAAUUUAUUUAAUUUAGACGUCACACAGAAAUGUUUAAUUGCUGAAUGCUGGGUUCCUUUACUUGAUAUUGAAACUAUACAAUUGGCUUUACGUAGAGGAACUGAACGUAGUGGAAGUUCUGUACCACCUAUAUUAAAUAGAAUGGAUACAUUUGAAGAUCCACCAACUUAUAACAGAACAAAUAAAUUUACAAGUGCUUUCCAAAACUUAGUGGAUGCUUAUGGAAUUGCCAGUUACAGAGAGAUAAAUCCUACUCCAUAUACCAUAAUCAGUUUUCCAUUUUUGUUCGCUGUGAUGUUUGGAGAUCUUGGUCACGGAUUAUUGAUGUUUUUGUUUGCUGGUUUCUUAGUACUACGAGAAAAACCAUUAGCUGCAAAAAAGACUGACAAUGAAGUAUGGAAUAUAUUCUUUGCUGGACGAUACAUAAUAUUACUCAUGGGUCUUUUUUCUAUGUAUACUGGUUUUAUUUACAACGAUAUAUUUUCCAAAUCUCUCAAUUUGUUUGGAUCUCAUUGGCAUACUAAUUACAAUGAAUCCACUGUAAUGAGUAAUAAAGAUUUACAGAUAAAUCCUUCCUUAUCGUCAGAUUAUGAUCAAGCUCCAUAUCCAGUAGGACUCGACCCCGUAUGGCAGUUGGCAUUAAACAAAAUCGUGUUUUUAAAUGCAUAUAAAAUGAAAAUUUCCAUUAUUAUUGGUGUAUUACAUAUGUUGAGUKGUGUUAGCCUCAGUUUGUACAAUUAUAGGUAUUUUAAAGAUCGGCUUUCUAUUUAUUGUGAUUUUAUUCCUCAAGUCAUAUUCUUGACAUUCCUAUUCUUUUAUAUGGUUUUAUUGAUGUUUAUUAAAUGGGUAUCAUAUGGACCACAAAAUGAGUUUCCCGAUAGUCCUGCUUGUGCACCAUCCAUUUUAAUUACGUUUAUUAAUAUGGUGUUAUUCAAAGAUGCUGUUGCAUUAGAAAAUUGUAAUACAGUUUACAUGUUUUCUGGACAGGGUGCCCUACAAAAGUUUUUAGUCAUAGUUGCACUUUUGUGUGUACCAAUUAUGUUACUUGCCAAACCAAUCUACAUUAUGCGUCAACAGAAAGAAAAACAUGUACAAUUGGUUAAUGGCCAUGCAACAACUGAAAAUGGUGAUGCAGAAGGUGCUGGCCGAGUAGUUCAACAACCACCACCACCAGCUGGUGGACAUGAUGAAAAUGAGAUUGGUGAACUUUUUAUUCAUCAAGGCAUUCAUACUAUUGAAUAUGUUCUUGGAUCUGUGAGUCAUACUGCAUCAUACCUUCGCUUAUGGGCUCUUUCUUUAGCUCAUGCACAAUUAUCUGAAGUGUUAUGGAGUAUGGUAAUGACUAAAGGUCUGAUAUUGAAUUCAUGGAUAGGUGGAGUUUGGUUGUGGUUUGUCUUUGGUUUUUGGGCAAUCCUAACAGUGGGCAUUCUCGUUCUUAUGGAAGGGCUUUCUGCAUUUUUGCAUACUCUUCGUUUGCACUGGGUUGAGUUCCAGAGCAAAUUUUACAAAGGACUUGGUUAUGCAUUUGCACCAUUUUCUUUUGAAGUUAUUUUAAAUACUGCUUCAACUGCAGUUGAAGAAUAAAUAAACACAUUCAAAUGAAGAAUGUAGUAAUAUUA